CACUACCCCAAGAGUGACCACCACGAAACCAUCUUACCAAGAAACUCAUACAAGCUCUCUGUUAUAUCCGCUUCCCCCCUCCAAACUCUAUACUGAGUAAGAAGCCUUAUACUGUGAGCUAAACUAAUAUGGGUUGUGCCUCUUCAAAGCGAAUUGAUGUCGCCGUUGAUGUCUACCGUCCGGCGCCGUCAAGUUUUGCGGUCUUUGACAUCAACGCCAUUGACGAACCGUGGUUUAAGGUGGAUGAUACACAAGAGCAACAACAAGAAAAACCCACACUCAUGCCAGCCCCCAUUCUUGAGAAGCUCAACGCCAUAGAAGAUGCUCCUCGCACAUGGGACGAAGUCAGUAAGGCUUUGGAAGAUCUCAGGCCCACACUACACCGCCCUACACCUCCAGCACCCAAUCCCAACCCUGUUCCUCAACCACCUGCGCAAGAUAGACCCGCCGCCGUGAAAGAAGCUCCACGUAAGAGCUUCUCUUUCCACACGCUCGCAGAGCUCGAAACCAAACUCUCCUCCAAACAGGAGCAGUUAAAAAAAACCGAAUCACUGCGAACUGAGUUGAAGAAACCCGAUACUGUCAAGACCGAAUUGAAGAAAAGUGUCUCUAUGAAGACCGAGUCUCUCACUGCGUUUUUGCCACCGCCACGAACUGACUCGGAAGGGUACAAGCCAGUGAAAGAAAACAUAUUUGUACUGAAAGACAAGCUAGAGAGAGAAAAAGAAGGAAAACCGAGUUUGGUCAAGUUUGACCCACUGAGUGACUACCCGGAGAAGUGUCCACCGGGUGGAGAGGACCUGGUAGUGCUCUACACGACGUCGUUGGGAGGUGUUCGACGCACGUACGAGGACUGUAACAAAGUGAGGUCAAUACUGGAGGUCCACAGAGUGGUGUUCGACGAACGGGACGUGUCGUUGCACGGUGAGUUUCUAAGCGAGUUGAAAGAGUUGGUGGGUGAAGGAGAGAGUGUGCCGAGGGUGUUCGUGAAGGGGAGGUAUGUGGGUGGUGUGGAGGAGGUGGUGAGUCUGAACGAGACGGGUCGACUUGGGAGGAUGAUGAACUGGGCAAGGGUGGAGAGAGGGGUAGGGAGGCUGGGGUGUGAUGGGUGUGGAGGUGCGAGGUUUGUGCCCUGUUUGGAGUGUAGUGGGAGCUGUAAGGUGGUGGUGGGUGACAAGAAAGAGAGGUGUUCCAAGUGCAAUGAGAAUGGGUUGGUGCACUGUCCUGCUUGUGUAUGAACGCUGGCGCUGAAAUUUUGCUGGCUAAACUGUAAAUGGGUGCUUUACGGCAUUAAAUUGUUGUAAUAGUGUGGUAAUUCAUGGAUAUAGGAUUGUAUUAUUAAAGGUUUUUAUGAAUAAUUUUGGGUUUUGUGAAGAAAAAAGGAGAAAUGGAAAAAAUCGAUUGUUAUGCUGGAGAUAAAGCAAAACACAGGCGUCCAAAGUCAAUUUGUCUGCUAAUCCUUGUUCCAGUAGCAUGGCUUGGCAUCCUUAGCCAGAAACUAAAAACAAACUCGUUUGAGAAAAUUCGUCGAACAAUUUGUAGACGAGGUCCAAUCCCUUACAUAUGAUAUGAACAAGUCCUA